UGGCAUGUCUGUCCAUUGCGUUCACCGUGUCGCCAGCAUGUGUACUGUACUGUGUAGUCUCCAGACCAAGUUUAGCUAGACAGGCUGUUUGUCUUCUUUCAUGAUGGACAAGGAAGCUAUUGGGUUUGGAGGCGUGGGAAUUGUAAGCAUAUCAAAUCUGAUAUGCCACACAUAGUUUCCCAGGAUCUCACUAGUCUUUCAUGACAACAACCUUGCAUGUUUCUCAUUUGGUUACUUACCAGUACGGGUUUAGCUCAUGGUGUCUUUGGAAGUCCGCCUCCGCCGAACGAGUAUUUCACCACGAAAGGCUUACAAGGAAAUUCCACUAGUAUCCUACAGGCUACGUGAUAGAGGUUUAGCUCAUUACUCGAAUGAAACCAAGUCUACAACAAAAGACUAGGGAAUUACUUUAUCAAUUAAUUGGAAGAACGGAAGAUAUACUCUUCAUAGGUCAUACUCGUUUACCAGUCUGAAAUGUAAUGAAAUCAAAAACUGAGAGAGGAAAAUAGACAAUAUGGUCUAGAAGUAACAUUCAUGGUCGCAAAAAUGAAUACUACGCUCUGAAAUUACAUCUGAUGAGAUAAAUUAGCGAUACCUGAUGAUUAUAUAACUUGCACAUUUUUUAGACAAUUGUUUGAGCAUUGAUAUCGAUACAAAGUCCAAUCAAAUUGUCUGCAAAGGUGCAAAGUGCACAAUAUCCCAAGAAGUGGAGGCAUGUAGCUAACAGAGCAGACCCUAAAUCAGAAAGAUUAGAAAGUACAGCUAAUUAGAUGCAAACACAAGUUCUCUGUGUAGCUAACAGAGCAUGCACCGCCGAUCCAAAUUCAAAUCUUUAAUUUAUUUUUUUGAUAUUGAGGAAUAACUCUCAUAUAUAUCCCUCGAAUAUAAAGAGAAAAAUUAGAGGGUGUAAACAUCAUGCAAACACAAGUUCUCUGUACAUGCACGCCACUAGCUCACACAUAAAGAAUGACAAGCACUUGGCUUGGUGAGUUAGAGCCAGCACUCCCCUCCCUCCCCGUAGCUUUGCCACUCCCUCCCUGUAGCUUUGCUCAAAGGCUAUCUCCAAUUCUCCAUCACGCACGUCCAGCGACAGAUAUACCCAAUGGGGGGCUCGACGAACGUGAAGGAAUGGUGGCCUGCCGUAUUCAUGGUGUUGGUCCAGAUUUUCACGACAGGGUUGGUGUUGCUCACGAAAGUGGUGGUGGACAGUGGGUCACUUGCUUGGACCUUGCUCACAUACCGCUUCUUCCUUGGCGCCAUCUUGACCGUCCCCUUGGCGAUGUUCUUUGAGAAAGGGAGGUUGAAGGAGCUUAAAUUGAAGGCAUUCAUAUGGAUUUUCACCAGUGCACUUGUGGGAUUCACAAUUCCUGGUCUCUACUACAUUGGCCUCGGAGACACAUCGCCAGGAUACGCGAUAAACUUCUAUAACAUCAUCCCAAUUGCCACCUUCAUCCUCGCGGUCCUUUUCAGGAAGGAGUCACUGGACAUGAGGAGCCUGGUGGGGAACAUCAAGGUCAUUGGAACCCUAGUCUGUGUUGGAGGAACUCUGGUGAUCAGCCUGUACAAGGGCAAGGUGCUGCACCUUUGGCCCACCAAUAUCAUCGGCUACCACCCGAAGCAAGCCGGAGCUGCGUUUGGUCACCACCAUGUGCGUGGAACCGUCUUGCUCAUCACCAGCUGCCUCAGCCUCGCCGUUUGGUACACAGUACAGGCUCAGAUGCUAAAAGUGUUCCCAUACAAGUACUGAUCCACUGUAGCUACAUGCUUCGUGGGGAGCAUCGAACUGGCUGUCGUGGGGGUUGCCAUGAACAGAGAAAAGGCGACAUGGGCGCUCAAAUGGAACAUGAGCUUGCUCACCAUUGUGUACUCGGCAAUACUUAACACUGCUGCCAAGUUUGUGAUGAUUUCGUGGGUUGUCACGCAGCGCGGGCCAACCUAUCCGGCCAUGUUUUGUGCCGUGUCGGUGUUCUUCACUACUAUUCUUGACUCACUGCUUCUCGGCCAUGAUCUAUCCGUUGGGAGUAUUCUCGGCAUGUUCAUGAUUCUAGCUGGGCUCUAUCUUUUCCUCUGGGGAAAGAGAAAAGAUUCGAUACUACCAAGCGAAGAAAACCCGAAGGAGCAAAUGUUGUUUGAGAAUGAAGAUAAGAACGAUAAAUCAGUUGCCAAUGUAUGAUUACUUCCUUUGGUGAUAUUGCAAAAGGGACUAUCCAGAAGUUUGUGUAUACGAAACGCUGAGAGAGAGAAACUAUAUUGUCUAUGUCAAUACUUGUUGUGUUGUCCUCAACUACUCAUCCAAUUUAAUCAUCACGUAAAGAAGGUCAAUAUGAGAAAUUGUUGAUUAUGUAGUUGUCUUCAUUGCAAUUGGCAAAGAUUAAACCAUGCCAUGAAAAUAGCAAAAUGACACAAUUAGUUCCAAGUUUUGUAUUGUCUUUGUUUGGUUUUUAUCUUAAGUCUCAAUCAUUGACCUUA